AUGUCCUCUAGCAAAGGGGCUCAUGGCACAGCGGGGAAGGGGGGUCCUUCAGGGGAGAGUGGGCGCGCACACGCUGAGAGGAGCUGCCGCCCCGGGCCCCCUGGCCCCGACUUCUUGGUGCAGACCCCCCUCCCUGCCUCCCGGAACCCCAGCUGCGGAGUGUGGGGCAGGGCUGCCCCAGUGGAGGGACGCUGGAGCAAACCCACGCUCCGUGGUGUGGGGGGCGUGGGGCGUCACGGGCGUGGGGCACGAGGGUGGCGGGUUUGUUUAUGCCUAUCAAUGCAAUUUUUCAUUUUUGUUAAAAUCAACAGCAGAAGUUUAGCACAUCGUGGGGUGUAUAGCCUCCCUGGAUCUCACAUUUCUAGAACUUCAGGGGCAUCCUCUGGCCCUGGGGCCGUUGCCACAACCCUGCCCCCUCCCCCGGCCACCACGUCACCUGCCUGUUUGCAGAACCUGGUCCACGGUUCCCAAAACUGCCUUCUGGCUGCACCUUGUGCUCGGACGAUCCGCCGCUCGCCAGCCGCGCACUGGCUGAAGUGUGGGUGCGCAGCGGUGGGGUGUCUGGCCGAGCCUGUGCCCUUGCUACAGAGCCUCCCCAUACCACACGCGGAGUCACUCUGGGGUGUCAGUGACGGUGGCCAGUGUCCUCCGGUUCACCUGCCCAUGUCCAGCAGACCUAGCCGAGUGACUUCCACGCGCCUUCCCUGGCCACAGCAGAGCUGCCCAGGCUGGCCCACAGGCAGUUUACAGACUUGACUGAGGUCAAGGUUCUGUAGACUUUCAAGGGGAUCCCUGCCGUAGACCAUGCCGCCCUCACCAAAGGUGGGGAGCAGAGGCUGAGACCACCCUUGGGGGCAUGCAGCAGGUGUUGGGGUACACGUCUCCAUCUGUAUUCCCCAAAGGGGAUGCCAGCAUGGGUCUGCAUCUCGGGCUCACUCUGGAAGGGGUGCCGACCCCACCCCAGGCCCCAGGCACAUUUUCUGGUGGGACUGGGCCCAGGCAGCCAUCCCUCUGCGCUUUAGGGGCCCCAAACAGCCCAGGCGGGCGGAAAUAACUCUGCCCUCCCCACCCCCCGCCCACCCAGUGGUGGGCUUGCUCACGAGCAUGGGCCUGGCGUAGGAUGGGAGCUGGGUUCCAGGUGACUGGGGCCCAUUCUUCAUCCCUUGGCCCUCCAGAGUCCCCUUCUGUCUCUGCUCUCCCCCACCCUCCCCGAUGGGUGGUAGACCACACGGGUCCCGCCCCGCCCCUCCGGCAGUCAGAGGGGCAGCGCUGGGGCUCACACCUGCAGGCUGCCUGCCCCAGGGGCAGCGAGCAGAGAGGGGGAGCACGCUUGUUGGUUUCCAUGCACUUUCCGCUUGCAAUGCCGUAUCUGUGCGUUUCCUUCAUCCUGGUCCUGGCUUUAUUGAACGCCGAGUUUUUAGCAUGUUUUUAAAUAAAACCUGAUAAAGUGUC